GUAUCUCUGAGCGCGCGGCUCUCUGUAACUGCAAGCGAGCACAGAACGAGGGUAAAACAUCCUCACACAAGACCGUGAAAAAGCGACAUUUAGCGGCGUGGACCAAACACAUAGAGCCUGUUGGGAAUGUAAUGUGGAUUAUUACGCUUUGGGAUAUUUUUACGAAAACUGAGCUAUUGUGUGCUAGACGGGGCAGAGUAACAGUAUGGACUACAUUACCCACAAGGCAUCAUGCAGUCGGCGCUGGUUUCCCUAAAUACAGAAAGAGUCCGACCUGGAGGACCUGUCUGGAUGAUUAAAGUCUGAGGAGAUACCAGAAGAAAACAGCACCUCAGCAGACACACAGCACCUCAUCUGCUCGUCUCCUCAAGUCGAUCCAUUCCAGGAAACGUGGAAGAAGUACUUUAAUUUUCGCCUGACAGAGAUUGGAUUGUUGUGCAAUGUCAUUGGCCUUAUGACUGUUAUUUAAGACUGUUCUCCUCCUAGCUCCUUCUCCUCUUUUAGGAUAUUUUUUGUUUGUCGCUGCGUUGACGAUCUCACCUCUUCUUUAGUAUCUCUGGGCAUACUGUGGGAUGUACUUUGGAUAUACUGACCUUUGAACCAAAGCAAAUUCAAUGAUUUCCUUCUGUUCAGGAUAAUAAACCCAAAUCUCCAGCACUUUUACAAUGAAUUUCUUCAGAUUCCCAGUCCAGUUGCAGCUGCUGAUCAGUACUGUUCUUGGGCCCUGCUUGGGCCUGGAGUUUACAGGGUCGCAAGGCCAGUGGGCACGCUAUCUACGCUGGGACGCCAGCACCAGAAGUGACCUCAGCUUCCAGUUCAAAACAGACGUGUCCACCGCCUUAAUCCUGUACUUUGACGAUGGUGGCUUCUGCGACUUCCUGCAACUCAUGGUGGUCGAAGGGAAGCUCCAGUUGCAGUUCGGCAUCGACUGCGCCGAGACCACAGUCGUAUCGGACAAGCGAGUCAAUGACAGCAGCUGGCAUUCUGCCACCCUGAGCAGGUACAACCUGAGAACUGUGCUGGUUCUGGACGGAGUGAGCAAAUCGGGCGAGGUGCGGCCACAGAGGCAGUACAUGAAGAUCGUUAGUGACCUCUACCUGGGCGGAGUCCCUCAAGAUAUUCGUAUUUCUGUGCUCACUCUCCCGACAGUGAAGGAUCUUCCGCUGUUUAAGGGAAUUAUCAGGGAACUGAAGUACAAUAACAAGGAACCUAUUCUGCUAAGCAGCCAGAGGGUCCGCAUGGACAUAGAGGGGAUCUGCAUGGAGAACCCAUGCGAGAAUGGAGGAACGUGCUCAGUUGUGGAUGGGGAACCGCUUUGUGAUUGUUCUAAGACGGAAUACGUUGGCCGAUUCUGCAACGAAGAGGCCAACAGCAUCCCAGGAUUUGCACACAUGAUGAUGGCGGAUCAAGCCAAGGGCAAAGCGCGAGAAGAGAACGUGGCCACAUUCAGAGGUUCCGAGUACUUCUGCUACGACUUGUCUCAGAAUCCCAUCCAGAGCAGCAGCGAUGAAAUCACAUUGUCCUUCAAGACCUGGCAAAGAAAUGGCCUUAUCCUUCACACGGGCAAGUCAGCAGACUACGUCAACCUUGCCCUGAAAGAUGGGGCUGUUUCGUUGGUCAUCAACUUGGGUUCCGGAGCCUUCGAGGCCAUUGUCGAGCCGGUCAAUGGCAAAUUCAACGACAAUGCCUGGCAUGACGUGAAAGUCACACGCAACCUCAGACAGCAUUCAGGUAUUGGACACGCUAUGGUGACAAUAUCUGUGGACGGCAUCCUGACUACAACAGGCUAUACGCAGGAGGACUACACAAUGCUGGGAUCAGAUGAUUUCUUCUACGUCGGAGGAAGUCCAAGCACAGCAGACUUACCUGGGUCGCCCGUCAGCAACAACUUUAUGGGUUGCCUGAAAGAGGUUGUUUACAAAAACAAUGACAUCCGGCUGGAGCUCUCCCGGCUCGCCCGCAUCGUGGAUCCCAAAAUGAAGAUCCAGGGAGAUGUGGUGUUCAAGUGCGAGAACGUGGCCACCCUGGACCCCAUCUCGUUCGAGACACCCGAGGCCUACAUCAGCCUACCCAAGUGGAACACCAAACGCAUGGGCUCCAUCUCCUUCGACUUCCGUACCACCGAACCAAACGGUCUUAUUCUCUUCACCCACGGGAAGCCACAGGAAAGAAAGGACGCCCGUAGCCAAAAGAACACAAAAGUGGACUUUUUUGCAGUAGAGCUUCUGGAUGGAAGUUUGUACCUGCUGCUGGACAUGGGCUCUGGGACUAUCAAAGUGAAAGCCACACAGAACAAGGUGAACGAUGGGGCCUGGUAUCAUGUGGACAUCCAACGAGACGGAAGAUCAGGCACCAUAUCUGUUAACAGCCGUCGCACUCCGUUCACCGCCAGUGGCGAAAAUGAGAUCCUGGACCUGGAGGGGGACAUGUACCUGGGCGGCCUCCCCGAUAACCGGGCCGGCCUUAUCCUUCCCACUGAACUGUGGACUGCCAUGCUAAACUACGGCUAUGUGGGAUGCAUUCGGGACCUGUUCAUUGACGGUCGCAGUAAGGACAUCAGGCAGAUCGCUGAGGACCAGAACGGUGCAGGCAUCAAACCUUCCUGCAACAAGAUGCCAGGCAAACAGUGCGACAGCUAUCCGUGCAAGAACAAAGGGGUGUGCAAAGAAGGAUGGAAUCGCUUUAUCUGUGACUGCACAGGCACCGGUUACUGGUCCCGCACAUGUGAGAGGGAAUAAAACAGAGAGGCGGG